GAGCUCUCUUGGAAUUGUCAAGAAAUGAGACUGUGAUGGGAUCGGGUUGGCUUGUCCCGACGAUCAGUGUGAUGACUCUUCUUGGACGGGCUUGCCCAACCUCGAAGCAUCUUGAGGAGCAAUGCUGUUUGCUGACGCGUGAGGGGCCACUUCUUAAGCAAACCUACCAGUGCGGUAGGCGAUCGGUUUGGUGCAUCCUACUUCCUGUAUAGUAGGCGGCGGGCACAAACCGGUCAGCGGCAGUGGUCAGAGCCGAGAUGGGGAAUUGGACCUAUAGAGGAUGCCCCUCUGGCCCAUGAAACCCGGCUUAUUACGACAGUGGGUCGAUUGGGAAAGGAGCUCGAAAGUCCACCACGGUAUUCGGUGGCGCUCUGGAACCAGCCGAUACGCACGUGUCAGACACGGCAAUCAACGCAAGGCGAUUGCCAAGUCAGCUUGCUCGGAUGGAUGUUUCGGUGGUCAAGCUUGGCCGGACAAGGGUAGAGCGCUGUGAAGGCGGGGCAUGCUGGGGCCCGAAUGCCGGAUGUUUGGGUAUAAAGUCGAGCUUGUCAUGAGGUCCUAUGAGGCACCGGCCCGGGCCACGAAGGGCGGCACUCUGUGAUCCGGGGGGGAGCGUCCCGUGAGACAUGCGCAUGGACCCUCUUUGGAGGGUUGGUGCGCACAGACCCCAGCGGAGGGGGCAGGGAGCUCUCGAGGUGUGGAGGAUCACCUGAUAAAAUGAAGGGAGAUGGUACGGUGGGGGGAGAUGCCCUGGCCAAAACGAAAAAGGUGCCGAGAAAGGCAGGGCCGGCUCUGGCUAAGAUUCAAUGCAGAGCACCGAUCAUUUGAGGAGUCGAAAGGGCAACGGGAAACCGUUGCAGGUUGGCCAGUUCAGCUACCCUGCGCCCUCCUUGGAGGGCGAUGGGUAGAUGGUGUGCCUCCUGGGCUGGAGGCGAACCAGGUCGACGAAGGAACAGCGAGGCCUCGUUUCUAACGGGGCUGAGCGUGGACCUCAGCCUGGAGGGAGGGAUGGAGCACACCCGGCUUGUGCGGGUGUCGUUGUCAUCCCGCCGCAGGCAGGCCGCCGCGGCACGUGGAACGAUUGGGGGGAUGGCUUGCACACUUGGGGCCAACCCAUCACACCCGGCUUGGGGAACCCGGGAGUGAGGCCCGGAGCCUUUGCCAGAGGCUCUGGGCCGAAAAUGGGAAGAAAUGACGGUAUGCGAGCGAGGGAAGGACAGGCGGGUGGCACCGCAGGUCGUUUCCGAGCUCAGCUUGCCCCAGGCGUCGCGAACGCGGACAAGCCUCGAGCUCGCUGGGUCGGGUGGGGUCUGCCGGCCUCAUCCGGCACCGCGUACUCGGGUGCUCUUUCGUGGACCGGCGUGCGGAGGUGUCGGCGAACCGGGGAAUCCGUGUUGCGCAUACCAUACGUCGGGCUGGACCCCGAUGCCUUGCGAGUCGGGUGAUUCCGACCGGGGCGGAGGGAGAAGGGGCCGACGGUGCGCACGCCUCGCUGAGCGGGCUACUCUCAGUUCCCGGGUGAUUCCGGCGAGACAGCCCGUACGAGAAAGGGGAAUGGGCAGACGUCCCAAGAGGCGCGAGCUUCCUUGGGACCGAGGCCCGCGAGGGUGCCGUCAAGGCUCCCGCGCUCCUGGUUACCUUUGGGAAGGGCUACCUGGUUGAUCCUGCCAGUAGUCAUAUGCUUGUCUCAAAGAUUAAGCCAUGCAUGUCUAAGUAUAAGAGGGCAUUUGUUCCCUCGAAACUGCGAAUGGCUCAAUAAAUAAGUUAUUGUUUAUUUGAUGGUGCCCAAUUACUCGGAUAACUGUAGUAAUUCUAGAGCUAAUACGUGCAAAACGUCCCGACCUCACGGAAGGGACGCAUUUAUUAGAGCAAAGGCCAAUGCCGGGCUUGCCCGGUCCAUUUGGUGAAACAUGGUAACUCCGCAGAUCGCACGGCCUUGUGCCGGCGACGCAUCAUUCAAAUUUCUGCCCUAUCAACUUUCGAUGGUAGGAUAGAGGCCUACUAUGGUGGUAACGGGUGACGGAGAAUUAGGGUUCGAUUCCGGAGAGGGAGCCUAAGAAACGGCUACCACAUCCAAGGAAAGCAGCAGGCGCGCAAAUUACCCAAUCCUGACAGAGGGAGGUAGUGACGAGAAAUAACAAUACCGAGCUCUUCGAGUCUGGUAAUUGGAAUGAGUCGAAUUUAAAUCCCUUAACAAGGAUCUAUUGGAGGGCAAGUCUGGUGCCAGCAGCCGCGGCAAUUCCAGCUCCAAUAGCGUAUAUUUAAGUUGUUGCAGUUAAAAAGCUCGUAGUUGGAUAUCCGGGCGGAGGUCUCGGUCUGCCGUUUCGGUUGAUACUGUCUCCUCCACUCUACCUGUCGAGAACACGUCCUCGCCUUCACUGGUCGGGGCGUGGGCACGGCGAUGUUACUUUGAAAAAAUUAGAGUGUUCAAAGCAGGCCACGUUCUGAAUACAUUAGCAUGGAAUAACCGCAUAGGACUCUGGUCCUAUUGCGUUGGUCUCCAGGACCGGAGUAAUGAUUAAAAGGGACAGUUGGGGGCAUUCUUAUUUCAUUGUCAGAGGUGAAAUUCUUGGAUUUAUGAAAGACGAACCACUGCGAAAGCAUUUGCCAAGGAUGUCUUCGUUAAUCAAGAACGAAAGUUGGGGGCUCGAAGACUAUUAGAUACCGUCCUAGUCUCAACCAUAAACGAUGCCGACUAGGGAUCGGUGGAUGUUACAUCCACGACGCCACCGGCACCUUGAGAGAAAUCAAAGUCUCUGGGUUCCGGGGGGGGUAUGAUAAAAAAAGCAGAAACUUAAAGGAAUUGACGGAAGGGCACCACCAGGUGUGGAGCCUGCGGCUUAAUUUGACUCAACACGGGGAAACUUACCAGGUCCAGACAUAGUAACGAUUGACAGAUUGAGAGCUCUUUCUUGAUUCUAUGGGUGGUGGUGCAUGGCCGUUCUUAGUUGGUAGAGUGAUUUGUCUGGUUAAUUCCGUUAACGAAUGAGACCUCAGCCUGUUAAAUAGGCAUGCGAACGCUCGCGUUCGCAGCUGAAUUCUUAAAGGGAAUAUUGGCGUUUAGCCAACUGUAAGCUUGAGGCAAUAACAGGUCUGUGAUGCCCUUAGAUGUUCUGGGCCGCACGCGCGCUACACUGAUGAAUUCAACGAGCUCACCCUUGACCGAGAGGUCCAGGAAAUCUCUGAAAAUUCAUCAUGAUGAGGAUAGAUCGUUGCAAUUAUUGAUCUUCAACGAGGAAUACCUAGUAAGCGUGAGUCAUCAGCUCGCGUUGAUUACGUCCAUGCCCUUUGUACACACCGCUUGUCGCUCCUACCGAUUGAAUGAUCCGGUGAAGUUUACGGAAAGCGACGACGCUGACGGUCACCCGUCGGUGACGCUGCCUGAAGUUCAUUAAACCUUAUCAUUUAGAGGAAGGAGAAGUCGUAACAAGGUUGCCGU